GCUCUCUCUCUCUCUCUCUCUCUCUCUCUCUCGCGACGCGAGUCUUUGGCCGGCGCGACUCGCGAGUGCGUCGAACAGUUGCGAGCCGACUGCUGCGCGCGUAGCUUCGUUCCUUCAGGCCGGUGCUCUGUGCGCGUGUGUUUGGAGAAGCGAUACGUCCUUCCGAAUAGGCGUCGUUGGCGCCAAAAUCUGCGCUCUUCCCCGUAAUAUUUGCUCGCUAGCAAUGAAAGUGCGGCAGAAACGCUUGCCGAGCGCAGGAUCAUAGAAGACAAAGUGCUCCACAAUUCGCAGUGUGCCAGAGACGCGAACGCAGCGCAGCCACAGAGAGAAAGUAUGUUAUAACCGACGACGGCGGUGGUGCAGUGCCGAAUAGUUCUCCUCGCGCGAGGAUAAAGAGCGAGAGUGCUGAGAGCAGUGCAGUUUGUAAUCGCAACGCCAAGCAAGAAAGAAAAACGACGGUGCUGAUUAUCGACGCUGCUCUCUCGCGCGAUAGUGACGGUUUUUGCAGCACGUGCCGCUUUGUUCCGAGAAGCGGUGCGGCUUCCAGUGAGGCGAUUUCCAAGCAACCUCCAUAUAGUGCUUCUGCGUUGAUUGCAGAAGAAGAGAAGUGUUGACGGAGGAGUCCCGGAGGAUACUUACAACUUGAUAAUAUACCGGCAGCCGAGGGAACGGAGAUGACGACGGUGAUGCCGAGGGCAGGCUGACCGGCUUGUCGCGGCAGUCCUCGCGAGUGAGCAUCGGCACUCCAGCGCGCUCGCAAGCCAGUCGUCGCAGCUGCUGCUGCCGAGGACCAUGGAGCGCAAUAUCGCGUGCAUCGUUGUGGCGGCCCUCGCCAUCCUUCAGGCGGCCGGCUGCUGGCCCAUGGAUCCGCUGCCCAGACUCCACAUCAAACACCGCGAGGUGAUCGGCCAGCGCUUCCUCGGCAACGAGAGCCACGUCGAGCACUUCAAACUCCUCGAGCGCUCCUCCACUUUCGUCCUGAUUGGCGCAAGGAACGCCAUCUACAACGUGAGCCUGCACGACCUCACGGAAAUCCCGGAUCAGAGGCUGCAGUGGCCGAGCAGCGACGCGCACCAGGAGCUGUGCCACCUCAAGGGCGGCGACAAGGACACGUGCCAAAACUACGUGAGGGUGUUCGGCCGUCUGGGCCCCGACAGGUUCAUGACCUGCGGCACCAACGCCUACAAGCCCCUCUGCAAGCUCUUCCGCAUACAGAACGGCAACUACGUGAGCGAGAGAGACAGCGAUGGCCUCGGACUCUGUCCCUACAACCCGCAGCACAACAGCACCGCCGUGUUCGCCGAUGGCCAGCUGUACGCGGCGACGUUCGCCGACUCGUCGGGCGGCGAGCCCCUCAUCCACAGGGAGAAGAUCCGCACGGAGCGCUCGGACCUGAACCAGCUGAACGGUCCGAACUUCGUGAGUUCCUUCACGUACGGCGACUACGUGUACUUCUUCUACCGCGAGACCGCGGUGGAGUACAUGAACUGCGGCAAGGCUGUCUACUCGCGAGUGGCCAGGGUGUGCAAACACGACAAAGGCGGACCGCACGCGUUCGGCGACAGGUGGACCAGCUUCCUCAAAGCCAGGCUCAAUUGCUCCGUGCCCGGCGACUAUCCGUUCUACUUCAACGAGAUCCAGUCGACGAGCGACGUGACCGAGGGCAUCUACAGCGAGGCCCACGCUCAGCUGAUCUACGGCGUGUUCACCACGCCCGUCAACUCGAUCGGUGGCUCGGCCGUGUGCGCCUUCUCCAUGGGCGACGUGCUGCAGGUGUUCCAAGGCGCCUUCAAGGAGCAGGAGACCAUCAACAGCAACUGGCUGCGCGUGCUCCCGGAGAAGGUGCCCGAGCCGCGGCCCGGCGCCUGCGUCAACGACUCGCGCACGCUGCCCGACAUCACCGUCAACUUCGUCAAGAGCCACCCGCUGAUGGACGACGCCGUGCAGACCUUCUUCGCCACGCCCGUCGUCACCAAGGUCACCUACAACUACCGCUUCACCAAGGUCGCCGUCGAUCCACAGGUCAAGGCGCUCGACGGCAAGCUCUACGACGUGCUCUACGUGGGCACUGACGACGGUCGAGUAAUGAAGGCCCUAAACGCGAGGAGCCCGAUGUCGAGGAACGACUCCGAUCAAGUGAUCGUCAGCGACGUCCAAGUGCUCAGAUACGGUCAGGCGAUCAAGGAUCUGCAAGUGGUGCAUCUGGCCGGCGAGGCGAGCAAGCUCAUGGUGAUCGCCGACUCGGAGAUCAAGGCGGUGCCGCUGCACCAGUGCGACUCCGCGCAGGCGGCCUCCUGCGCCAUGUGCGUCGGCCUCCAGGACCCGCACUGCGCCUGGGACGCCGCGCACGGCCAGUGCGUGGCCGUGAUGACGCGCCUCCACGACAACGACGCCGACAAGAUGCUCUACCAGAACGUCACGAGCGGCAAGCACAAGGGUUGCGGCGCCGAGCAAGUGAACGUAGCCUCGGAGAUGGCCAAAACCGUGCAACCGAUGCUGCCGCCGCGGAUCGGCCGCGGUAACGAGCAGGUCGACGAGCGCGACAACGAGAUCAUCAUCGAGCUGGACCGGGACAAUCAGUACAGUCGCACCCAGCCGAGGGCUAACGAGCCGCAAGGUGUGAAGGUGACGCCGCAGGUGUACUCGGCGCAGACACUCACGGGCGCGCUGAUCGGCACCUGCCUCUUCUCGCUGAUAGCCGGCUUCGCCUCGGGCUUCUGGUUCUCGCAGCGAUGGCGAGGCGCCCCCUAUCCCGAUCCACCGGAGCAGCGCCAGCAGCUCAACCGGCUGACCGAGACCACCGAGUCGCCGGGCUUCAACAACAAGUCCAUCAACCUGGUGCUCAACGUGCCGCCCAAGAACCCCAACGGCAAGAACGCCAACUCGUCGGCCGAGAACAAGCCCAUGCAGAAGGUCAAGAAGACUUACAUAUGAUACCGACGCCGACAGCCCGUCUGAGGCUUACCCCCCGAAGCGGCGCCGGCCUCCAGCUCCCCUGGCUCCGAGGACAGCCCCUACGGCCGCUGCAAGCCCUCCUCCUCCGCGCCUUGCACCAUAUCCGGCAGCGACAGCAGCGCCGGUAGUGGCUCCGACAACAACCUCGAGCGCGGCCAGGACCAGCAGCAGCAGCAGCAGCA